AUGCUUUUACUGAGGCAUAACACAUUAUCUGCAGAAGAUCUUUUUACUAUUGAAUGUAAAAUGAUCAAAAUAGCUGAUCAGAACCAUAAAAUAGGGAACCUGCAGCACUUUACAGUCUUGGAUAAAUCAAGAGCAGAGCUGUACGGGUACAUCCUUGGUUUUUCUGAAAGACUUGGUUUAUGCGAUUCGAUCGGUGUUACACCAUCUGAAUUUCUCGAUUUCUUAAUUGAUGUGGAUCACGGCUAUUUACCAAACGCGUAUCAUUCAUUUUAUCAUGCAGUAGAUGUGGCCAUUGUACUCUAUCAAAUGGUAUGUCAAUAUGACGUAGCAAACUAUCUUUCAAGGAUAGAUCUAGCCGCCUUGUUUAUUGCUGGGCUAUGCCAUGAUAUUGGUCAUCCUGGCAAAAAUAACAACUAUCAAGUUAAUUUAAAUACAGAAUUAGCCAAAAGAUAUUCCAACAAAUCAGUUUUGGAAAGUUACUCAUGUACAUUGACCAUGGAUCUAUUGACCAAACAUAAAUUACUAAAGCAGUUGGAAAAAACAAGUUCACUCCUUGGUUUACGUACAACAGAGUCCGAAAUGAGAACAUCUAUCAUCAAGAUGAUUCUAGCAACAGACAUGAUAUUCCAUUAUGAAUUACAAGAGAACUUGGCCAACUUAUUAGAACUCGUUGUCGAUCAUGAAGAGCAUACAUGUAAAAAAAAGCAUAAACCAACCUUACCUUCAACAGCUGAAGAAAAUGAAGAUGAAAGUGACGAUGAUGAUCAAUCGCCCAAUGAACCAGAGAUCAAAGAUAUAUUUACAAAUCAAGGUGCAAAAAGUGCCAUUGACUAUUUUAGAAAAAAAUCUUAUUUUGAAGACUCGAUCCCACUUUACCUAAAGAACAUGCCAUUACUACCGGCAAGUCCAGAAGAAGAUGAGGAUGAAGAAGACGACGAAGACGAUGAGGAUGAUGAGGAAAUUUCAGGGGCUAUGAAUACAACAAUAAAAGUGAAGGAUAAAACAACGUAUACACCGCCGAAUUACAUCAUGGAACCUCAGCAAAGACUCAUCCUAUGUCAAAUCAUUUUACAUGCUGCAGAUAUCAGUAAUGCUCUUAGACCUUGGCCCAUCUGUAAAAGCUGGUCUAAUUUAGUGUGUGAAGAGUUCUUUGGUCAAGGAGAAGCAGAAAAGGCUCAUGGAUUACCAGUUUCUCCCAAUAUGGAUAGAGAUCAGGUGAGCCAAACAACGAUUGGUUUACAAUUUGGCGAUUUUGUCGUAAGCCCCUAUUUCGAAAUAUUUGCUGCAUUUUUUCCAAAAGCGGAUGAAUUACUAAAGACAUUGGCUGAUAAUCGUAAAGAGUGGCUAAAAAUGGAAGAAGAAUUAGCCAAGACUGUUAAAAUAGAAGAAAAUGAAGGAAGGAAUGAAAGGUUACCAUCGAAUAUGCUUCCAGAUGAUAGACCGAUCAUCAAUCCAACAGGCAGAAGGGUCAGUGUGGCAGCAGGCAUGGUUAUUAUCCCUGAUGAACUAGAAGAACGAACCGUGGGCACAGGCAAGAAUAAACGAAAAUAUUGGGGGGUGAGAAGUGUCAGCCACAGUGAAGCAUUUGAAGAUAGAAAGAGAUCAGAGAUUGUACGUAGACGAAAGAGUGAAGAGCCAAUGAGAAAGAUAAAGACGAUCAGUCCAAUAAGAAAAAUAACAAAAAAAUCAGUUACUAUAAACGCUUGCAGUAGUCGAGAUUAA